UCGUCGUAAGUGAAAUAUACAAAAGAGCGAGAUCCCCCUGCCCCGAUCUUCUGAUCCUCUAUCCAUACUCUCCCUCACGCCAAUUGUGCUCGCCAAGACACUGAUCUGCUUGAUCUUCUACUACCACCAUAGGUCAACAUGGGUGUCUUCGAUGUCAUUCGGGGUCGCAAGGACAGCCACAUCGUCGAGGACUUGGGCUACUCGGAAAGCCAUGAGCCCAAGAACCUAGGCGAUGGGCCAGAGAUCCCCCCAGCGGAGAACGAUAGCAGGCUCAGUUUGGAGGAACGCAAUGAGAGGAAUAUCCAGCUGCAUCCCGACGAGGUCACCAAGGAGGCUCAUCUGGGUGUGCAAAAGGCCGAGGCGUCGGCUAUGGUCUGGACUAAGCCUGCGCUGUUUGGGACUUAUGCCUGGAUCUGGGUCUGUUUCUUCAUGCUGGCCUUUCACUCCUCCAUCAACAGCAACGUCAUCAACAAAGCCUACAGCAGCUUCUCCUCCGCCCCCCAAAUCAGUACCUCCAACAUCCUGUACAGUGUCAUCGGUGGUGUGCUGAAACUCCCCAUCGCCAGGACUAUCAACAUCUGGGGUCGUGCUGAGGGUUACCUGGUUUUCAUCGGUGUCUACGUUCUGGGUCUGAUUAUUCUGGCCGCCUGCAACAACCCCGACUCCUACGCCGCCGGUUACGUGCUCUACUGGAUUGGAUACGAUGCCAUUUAUCUGAUUCUGCAGAUUUUCGUCGCUGAUACCUCCGGUCUGCGGAACCGUGCUUUUGCUUUCGCCUUUGCUAGCACGCCUUUUAUCUGCACUGCUUUUGUUGGUCCGCGGGCGGCUGAGUCGUUUAUCAACAUGACGAGCUGGCGUUGGGCGUAUGGUGCGUUUGCUAUCAUUCAGCCUUUCGUCUUUGCGCCGCUCGCUUUUGUCUUCAAGUACUAUGAGAAGAAGGCAGAGAGAAUGGGUUUGUACAAGCGUGAGCCCAGUGGUCGGACCCUCUCGCAGUCUAUCGUCCACUAUAUCCAUGAAUUCGACGUCGUCGGUGCAUUCCUGUUGAUGGCCGCUUGGGUCCUCCUCCUCCUCCCCUUCGGUCUGCAGCAAUAUGGCCGCUCCACCUACAGCAGCCCUACCUUCAUCGCCAUGGUUGUCGUCGGAUUCUGCCUGAUGUUCGUCUUCGCCGCCUGGGAGAAAUGGGGUGCUCGCGUGCACUUUGUCCAAUACGAACUCCUCAAGAAGCGCACCGUUCUUGGCGCCUGCUGUCUCUCCGCCGUCACCUACUUCAGUUUCUACUGCUGGGACCUGUACUACUACAACUUCUGCCUGGUCGUCUACGACCUCUCCAUUACCCUCGCCGGUUACAUGGGUCAGAUCUACAACGUCGGCUCUUGCUUCUGGGGUGUCGUCUUCGGUCUCUGGGUCCGCUACACCAAGACCUUCAAAAACACCUGUCUCUUCUUCGGUCUCCCCCUCCUCAUCCUGGGUGCCGGUCUCAUGAUCCACUUCCGUGGCCAAGGCGACCACGGCGACAUUGGCUACGUGAUCAUGUCCCAGAUCUUCAUCGCCUUCGGCGGCGGCACCCUCGUCAUCGGAGCCGACAUGGCCGUCAUGGCCUCCGCCGACCGCGAAGGUGUCCCCAUGAUGCUUGCCCUGCUGGGUCUCUUCAACAGUCUGGGUGGAUCCGUCGGCUACGCCGUCGCCGCCGCCAUCUACGCCAACACCUUCCCCGAUGCACUGCUCUCGAAUCUCCCCGAGUCCACCAAGUCCAAGUUCAACGACCUCUACACGACCGGUUACACCGAGCAGAUGAAGUACCCGCCUGGCGAUCCUACGCGUGAGGCUGCGAACCUGGCCUGGAGUACGAGUCAGUACUACGGUGCUAUCGCUGCGACGGCGUUCUUGGGACUCGCGAUUCCUUGUAUCGCGGUGUGGAAGAACUACCGCGUCGACAAGAAGCAGAACAAGGGUGUUGUUAUUUAAUUUCUUUUCGUGCAUAUUCCUUUUCUUUUCUCUCUAUUUUCCUUAUUUCUCUCCACUACUGAUGAGAUGAUACCCUCUUGGGACUCGCAAAAGCGGCAUAUAUAUUUUUUUUCUUUCUUUCUUUGGUUUGCACGUGCACUUGCAUAUAGAGGUGAUGAGUUGGAUUUGGAUUUAGAUUGGAUAUAUUACCACUUCCUGUACAAUGACCCCGGGUCUAUAGAGUAGACCGGACUGGCUGGACUUGACUGAAUAAUAGCUUAGCCUGAUGGCUUUGGCCUGAUGGCUGAUAUGUGGCCGUUAAUAAUAUUUAUUUCUGUGAUUUCGUGUACGAGUAGCAUGUUGUAUGCUGUACCACCACAGUGCUGAAUAAACCUUGGCUACUACGGUC